AUGAUUGACCCAGACGAGCUUCGAGGAGACUUGAAUCGCAGAGUUGACGAGCAUCGACGAUCGGGAGACUGUGUAUGUGGGAGAUACUACUAUGCUACGGCAGCAUGCGGUAAUGGCUUCUGCGAGAUAAAGCGAUUCUGCCAUGGACAGCGAGCUUGCACCAAGCCCAUGGUGAGGCGAUGGAUCCUCGACAGCCGCGUAUCUGGCCAUUGCUCCUUCCACGGCACUGGCCAUGAGAUUAGCGGGCCAGAGGAGGCCGACAUUGCGCCAUUCAAACCGAAGGACACGAACCCUACCGGUGGACUUCUUCCAGCGAAUACCGUGGCCACGUACAGGCACGAACCCCGAGUAUCAAUUAUGUUGCCGUUUAAGAACGGACGUCUGUGA